CACGUUAGUGAUAAUUUUAUAAUGUCGAAUUUAUUCUAUAUUUUUUUGUACGCCUCCGCCAUGAUUGGAUUUUGUGCUAUGGGCGACACAAUAGAGGAUCUGAAGAAAACGUACGCUGAGAUCAUAAUGAGUUGCUCCAAGGAAUACCCGCUGACACCAGCCUACAUGCAGCAGAUCAAAGAAGGCAAGAUGCCUGAUGAUAGCACAGUCAAGUGUCUCUUCGCGUGUGCAUACAAGAAGGUUGGAAUGAUGGAUGACAAAGGAAUGUUAUCGGUGGACGGUAUGAAAAAGAUUUCCCAGAAAUAUUUUGCUGAUAACCCUGAAAAGAUGAAGAAAGCAGACGAGUUCACACAGGCUUGCAUGGGUGUAAACGCCGAGCAAGUCAGCGACGGGGAGAAAGGUUGCGACAGAGCGGCUCUUAUGUUCAAAUGCACCGUCGAAAAGGCUCCACAGGCAAUGACCGAGGAUGAACUGAAGGCAGAAUUCACCAAAUUAGUAUUGAAAUGCUCCAAAGACCACCCGGUGGAGAUGAGUGAGCUAAUGAACUUGCAGAAACUGAUCCCUCCCACCAAGCCUGAAGUCAAGUGCUUGCUCGCCUGCGCUUACAAAAUGGAUGGAGUUAUGACAGAUAAGGGAUUGUACAGUUUAGAACAUGGGUAUAAAGUAGCGGAACGUAUGAAAAAUGGUGACGACAAGAGAUUGGAAAACGGAAAGAAAAUGGCUGAGGUUUGCGCUAAAGUGAACGAAGUGGAAGUGAGUGACGGAGACAAGGGAUGUGAACGAGCCGGCUUAAUUUUCAAAUGUUCUCUUGAUAAUGCUCCAAAGGUAAGGUUAUAUUUUUUAAAACUAAUUUCAUUCGGCUUCAAGAUCUAA